UCUCUUGCCCGCACAGCGCGCCCAACGCAUCACCCGUCGAGCCUCCGCCUCGGCCGCACGCGCAGGCGGCAGCGUCUCCGGCCGCCAUGCUCUACUCCUUCCUCCUCUCGUCGCUCGUCGUGGUGCUCCUCAUCAUCGGCUACAUGAACCGCGCCGCGCUGCUGCCGCUGCUGCCCGAGCACAUCGUCGAGCGGCUGCCGGCGGCGCUGCGGGCGCCGCCCAGCGGCGCGCGCUACUCGCGCCUCUCGGCCUUCGACUGGGCGUCGCAGGCGCGCGCCGGCCUCAGCUCGGCGCGCUUCGACAUCGAGGCCAACCUGCGCGACGGCGAUGCGCGCGCCGGCCUGGAUGAGAUUGGCAGCCUCGAGGUCAACGCCGUCAUGGCGAGCCGCAACAUGACGUUCGACCAGGCGCGCCUGCACAUCCACGAGCAGCGCCUGCGCGACAACGGCAUCGACCCGCGCACGGGGCUCAGCCUCGACGCCAAGAGCGUCACAUUUGCCAACCUGCGCUGAGGCAGCGCACACCGCCUGCGCCUCUGUAUUACCUGUAGAUCUCCUGUCACCCUGUUGCGUAUGCCCAGCGAUACCAGUCUUGCGAUGCUUGCCCUUGACGUGC